CAGCUGACAAAUAAAAGCUGUCAUAACUGAUAGUGGAGGGCAUAAGUUAUAUAGGCAGCAAACAAUAUAAAACGAUCUAUCAAUAUGUUUUCGGUUGGUUCUCUUGCUAAAGUCAAGCAUAUCCUGCAGAAAGAACUUUUUAAUGGAUGCGGUGAGCGUUUGUUAUCUGUAGUUACGGUAACAAAGGCAUGUAAGAAAAAACGAGCUUGUUAUCUGUGCAUUGCCACAACAUCUCCGCCUUUGCCAGUUGUGACCAUUUCCUUAGUGAAGCAAUCUGACCAGAAAGAAAGCGAAUACAAAAAGAAACGUACUUGGCAAUUGGAGGAAAUAAAAUGGGUUGAUGGGCUCAGUGAACAAUUCGAUGUGCAUGAAUUUGACAUGCAGGUGGAAAAGCUGUACAAAUGGUAUGCUUUAAAUUUACAUGAAAGGCAAAAUUUUUUGGCAGUUUUAUAUAAACAAAUACAAAAAUUUGGUCACGGAAUGAAAGCGGAAUUUCGUAAUUUGCCGGAGAUUUGGUUAAGGGAAAACUCACCGGAGAAGUUGUCGGAGAGUAGUGAUAAUGGCAGUGGAGGUAGAUCCAAAAAUGAAGCUGAGACUGAGGACGAAGAAUUACCGGAGUUCACUGCACUUACAGAAAAGGAAGCAGUCGAAUUGACAAAAUUGUUUAGCGAAUGUGCGUUUCGUGAUGCCCAGUUGCUGAUUGAAAAGCUGUCUAACGAACUUUACAAUUUGGAUGGAGCGAAUAUGCAAUCAGUCUUAGCAUCAGAAAAACAAGUUAGAGUACUGAUGGAUCACAUUGAUAGAGCUAUAAGUGAAGCAGAUCGUUUUGAGAAGCGUUUAGAUUCAUAUGAGGAAAUUUUGGGGCAUGCUAAGGAAACUAUGGAAAAGAUUGGUGGCAAGAAUGCUAUGAUCAAAAUAGCUAAUAAUAAUAAUAUUAAACUAAAAGAGGAAUUAAGUAACAUAAUUACACAAUUGGAUUUGCCACAAAGUCAACAGCAUAUACUCGAAAAUCCGAAUUUAAAAACGCCGGAAGGUCGAGAGUUAGCAAUAGAAGCGGCGCAAUAUUUGCAGCAGGCGUUAAAUAGUACCAUCAAUCCUGCUUUACAGCGUCUUGUUUCUGUAAGAGAUCAAAUGAAACGUUUUGAAAAAUGGAAGCAAAAGUUCUUAGGGCCCGUUAGCAGACACCUAAACAAUUUGUUCAUACAUUUGUCUAAUGAAGUUGGUGAUAUUCCGUUGUCCACUACAGAUAUUGUUCUAUCCAAAAAUCAUUUGUCGAUACAUCAAGAGCUAAAGCCAUACACCGAAUUGAUGCACUGGAUCAAAGCUAUGGAUAGUAAAACUUACGAUGGUUUAACAGCUGUUUACACUAAAUCAUUAAGUAAAAUCUAUGAGCGCGAUAUACGAAAUUUUUUCACUUUGGCCAAAUUACAAAUCUCAGAAAAAUUACGCGGUUCACGCGAAGACUUAGAUGCUUCUACGACCUCUACUUCUAAAAGAACGGUUAUUUCAGCAGCUCCCUACGGUACGUUAGGUGUAAAUAAGGAACAAUGGGCUUCUGGUGUUGACGUCAGUGAUCGUGGCCGUUUUGAUGCCGUUCUAGAAAAGGUUUUAACUCAAUUGGAGCGCAUAGCUUUGAAUGAACAAGAAUUUUGUAUUGAUUUUUUUGAAACUGACGCUGUAAGCCCCCCUACAAAAUCGAAUGCUUUUGAUGAAAUGAAUAGAACAGUUGACCUGUCACAGCUCCUAUUAAUUUCACCGUCAGCAACUUCACUUGCUGGCGAGGCAGGUUGUAAUGUUGCCUCCUUUACCCAAAAAAAAGCUGAUCGCCAAAUCAACGAAGAAAUACGUAAAUUAAUGAAUACACUGUUCGGAUGUUUAGAGCAAGAAUUGGUUAGCUUUAUACAAAGCUUUGAGCGUUUCGAUUGUUUUUAUUCUUUGUAUGUAUUGGAACGUUUGACACAGCAUGUUAUGUCAGCUCAAGAUACGCAUUCAUUUUUAAGCAUGACCUUCGCUUCUGUACUUGUUCAGGUGAAGCGCAAUUUCGAUCGCUUCAUGCAACAACAAUUACAAUCUAUACGUGAUGCCAAAGUACCGAAACGUUCUAAGUGUGGAAUUUUGCCAUAUGUUGAGAACUUCGAAUACUUUUCUCAAACAUCGGAAAAUUUUUUUCGUAAAUCCACACGCCGCACUGAUAUGGAGAAAUAUAUACAAUUGAUUUGUGCAAUAUUUGAGGGCAUUAAUAUUCAUGCCAAAGAGCAUCCGAAAACACCGGCGCAUGUGGUGCGCAUGGAAAACUAUCAUCACAUGUAUUCACUGUUAGCUCAAUUAAAAAUACCAGGUUUAGAUGAGUACAAAAAAGAGGCGAAAACACGUUACAAUGAUGCACUCAAUGCUUAUGUAAUACAAUAUUUUGGUAGACCACUGGAGAAACUUAAUCUCUUCUUUGAAGGUGUCCAGCAAAAAAUUGCUCAAGGUGUUAAGGAAACUGAAAUCAGUUACCAAAUGGCGUUUUCCAAACAAGAAUUGCGUAAAGUUAUCAGUCAAUAUCCGGCACGUGAAGUGAAAAAAGGCUUGGAAAAUCUCUAUAAAAAGGUAGAGAAGCACUUGUGUGAAGAAGAGAAUUUAUUGCAAGUGGUUUGGCAUGCCAUGCAAGAGGAGUUCAUUGAACAAUACAAAUUCUUGGAGGAACGUAUACAAAAAUGUUAUGCUGGUGCUAUGAUUAGCUUAGAAUUUAACAUACAGGACAUAUUAAAUUUUUUUUCAGAUAUUGCCCGUUCACAUUAAGGUGAACAGUGUUUAAAGGUAUUUGGUAUUACGCAUUAAGUUGAAGGGCACACACUUCAUAUUAAAAUUCUAAACCAAUACAUCAUUUCAAUUCGAUUAACAUAGUUACAAAUAAUCAAAUAACAUAAUAAAAGUAGUUUUUUUUGAUUGACAUUUUGUGAUGAACGGAUUGUGUAAUAGUUUUCCCUCACUUCUCAGCUUUCGUCUGAUAUUUUCAGUUUCGAAAGUAAUAGAAAUCGCGAGUUUAUCUCCGUUCAAGUCAAUAUUGCGUUCAAUUGAAAAGAAGGAAAGUUUAGUUCGAGAUAAUUUCUAUAUACCAUUGCUUGGUCGGACUUACAUCUCCUUCUUAAUUUUCAUGUCAGCAUUACGUUUCUUAACUGUAGGAUUCGCUAUGCGAAUCAUAUUGAAUGCAAACACGAAUUCUGUAGGGAAGCAACAUCAACAGUGUGGCGAAAGUAGGCACAUUAAUUACUUGAUCUGUCGAAAGGGUAACAAAUGUCUUCAAUUUAAUUGAAAUUGUAUUGGAUCAAAAUUUUCCAUGUAACAUUCAUUGGUGAAGCUUUAUUGGUUACCAAAAUCUUUCAAUGCAUUUAUUUCUAAAUGACUGGCAUUUACCGUUUUUCUGAAAAUCCUUACUCCCUUCGUUAGGCCCUAUUCCAUUGACGAUUGAUUUUUUUUUACUUUUUUACAUGAAACGCCAGUUACUUUGUUGCUCGUAUUUUUAUGCCUAGAAAAAUUAUAUUUGCCAACUUAUUGGCAAAUAUAAUUUUCAAUUUUUUCAUUUUUUAUAUCAAAAUCUCCUCAGCUAUUAUGUUGGUGUAUGCGUUGAUACCAUUAACUGGAGUAAAUAAUUGUAGAAAA